UACAAAGAGUGGGCAUAAAGAUUGUAAACUCUCUCUCGUGCUAUCUCUCUCUAUCUCGUCUCUCUCCGUCUCAUCUCGGGUCUCUUUUCUCUCUCAACACACACAACUCUAUUCAACAAACCCACAGGCCACACAUAUACAUACACCUAUACAUACAACACAGCGAGCUCCCUUCAGCACAUCUCAAUUCCGGAGAAUUGCAUCUCCAUUGUCCAAUUCAUCACUGUUACAUACAAAUCCUCGCCCAUUUGUUUGAUAAAUUCGCGGAAUCUUCGCGGCUGGAUCUUUGAUUUCACUAUUACGUCCAGCUGUGGUGGCAAUUACAUGAUUUCGGGUUAAUUAAGCAACUGUAUGGGUGUGUCGUGGAACCCUGGGACUCGAUUUUUGUUAACUUGGUGAUUGUUUAUCUGCUUAACCUUUCUCGAGCAUAAGUAGAAAUGGCUCUGCAGAAGUGUUCCCCUUCUGCUGAUGCACCCUCAGCGAAUAUGAAAUCUUUGAAGUUAUCCCGUAAAUCAAACGAGAAAAGUCAGCUUGUAGUUACAGAAGGAAGCCAGAUGGAGGGUGAUAAGGAUAUUGAUCUUAGGGAGGUCUAUUUCCUUAUCAUGCAUUUUUUAUCUGCUGGCCCCUGCCAAAGAACAUACGGGCAGUUCUGGAAUGAAUUGCUUGAGCAUCAACUUUUACCUAGACGAUAUCAUGCUUGGUAUUCAAGGACAGGGGUAGUCAGUGGGGAUGAAAAUGAUGAUGGUUCUUCUUUCCCGUUAAGUUACAACAAGUUGGUGGAGAGGUACCCUCACAUUGAAAAGGAUCACUUGGUAAAGCUUCUAAAGCAACUUGUUCAUGGAGCAACUGUGCCACAGGGUUUGGUCAAUGGAAAUGCCUUAAAUGCAGCUGCUGUGCCUACUCUUUUGGGAACUGGUUCCUUUUCACUUCUUAGCAAUGAGCAAUCUAGAAGCAGUGGCAAACCUCCCCCCAAAUACAUGCGUUGGCCUCAUAUACAAGCUGAUCAGGUGCACGGACUUGGUCUGAGAGAAAUUGGUGGUGGCUUUUCAAGACACAACCGUGCACCUUCAGUUCGUGGUGCAUGUCAUGCCAUUGCAAAACCUUCUACCAUGGUACAGAAGAUGCAGAAUCUAAAAAAACUUAGGGGACAUCGGAAUGCUGUUUAUUGUGCUAUAUUUGAUCGUUCAGGGAGGUAUGUCAUUACGGGGUCAGAUGACCGUCUUGUUAAGAUAUGGUCGAUGGAGACGGCUUACUGCUUAGCAAGCUGUCGCGGACAUGAAGGUGAUAUUACUGACCUGGCUGUGAGCUUCAAUAACACCUUGGUAGCUUCUGCUUCAAAUGACUUCAUCAUCCGAAUUUGGCGUUUACCUGAUGGGCUGCCAAUAUCUGUUUUGCGUGGUCAUAAUGGAGUAGUUACGGCCAUUGCUUUUAGUCCUAGACUAAACUCUCCGUUCCAACUAUUAUCGUCAUCUGAUGAUGGAACUUGUAGGAUUUGGGAUGCCAGGCACUCCAAUUUCAGUCCAAGGAUUUAUGUCCCAAGACCUCCAGAUCAUGUUGCUGGGAAAAAUGGUGGGCCAUCAUCAAGUACCAUUCAACAGAAUCACCAGAUUUCCUGUUGUGCAUUCAAUUCGACUGGGACGGUUUUUGUAACUGGCAGCUCAGACACGUUUGCAAGGGUCUGGAAUGCUUGUAAACCAAACACAGAUGACCCAGAACAACCAAAUUAUGAAAUGGAUAUAUUAGCUGGGCAUGAGAAUGAUGUCAAUUAUGUACAGUUCAGUGGUUGUACAGUGACGUCCAAGUUGUCUAUGUCUGAUGGGCAGAAGGAAGACAAUAUUCCGAAGUUCAAGAACACAUGGUUUACACAUGACAACAUUGUUACCUGUUCAAGGGAUGGGAGUGCAAUAAUAUGGAUUCCGAGAUCACGCAGAUCACAUGGGAAGGCAGGACGUUGGACAAGGGCAUAUCAUUUAAAAGUUCCUCCACCUCCUAUGCCGCCUCAACCUCCUCGAGGAGGUCCACGUCAAAGACUUCUUCCAACUCCACGUGGUGUUAAUAUGAUUGCGUGGAGCCUAGACAAUCGAUUUGUUCUGGCAGCAAUCAUGGAUUGCAGAAUAUGUGUCUGGAAUGCCGUUGAUGGUAGCUUGGUACAUUCUUUGACAGGCCAUACAGACUCUACUUAUGUUCUUGAUGUCCAUCCUUUCAAUCCUCGAAUAGCGAUGAGCGCCGGUUAUGACGGAAAAACAAUCGUCUGGGAUAUAUGGGAAGGACUGCCUAUUCAGAUAUAUGAAUUGGGACGCUGGAAGCUAGUUGAUGGAAAAUUUUCAUCAGAUGGGACCUCGAUUAUACUUUCAGAUGAUGUAGGUCAACUGUAUAUAUUGAACACUGGUCAAGGGGAAUCCCAGAAAGAUGCAAAAUAUGAUCAGUUUUUUCUUGGGGAUUAUCGACCUCUUGUUCAAGAUGCAAAUGGAAAUGUCCUUGACCAGGAAACUCAACUGCCUCCAUAUAGAAGAAAUAAACAAGAUCUUCUUUGCGAUUCAGCCAUGAUUCCAUACCCAGAGCCUUAUCAGAGCAUGUAUCAAGCACGGCGACUAGGAGCUUUAGGUAUUGAAUGGCGCCCAUCUUCUGUGAGAUUUGCUGUUGGUGAGGAUAUUAGUCUUGACCAAGAGUACCAGAUGCUCCCGAUAGCAGAUCUGGAUAUGAUUGAUCCACUUCCAGUAUUAUUAUUAGAUGCCAUGGAUUGGGAACCAGAGAAUGAAGUACAAAGUGAUGAUAAUGAUUCAGAAUAUAAUGUACCGGAUGGGAAUUUUUCUGGUGGGGAGCAAGGAAGUCUUAGUUCUCACUCUUCUGGUGGCCAAGAAUGCAGUACAGAAGACAGUGAAGCUGAGAACACAUAUGAAGAUGAGCUUAGGAGAUCAAAAAGGAAAAAGCAGAAGACAGAGAUUGAGGUAAUGACAUUCUCUGGGAGACGUGUUAAGAGGAAGAAUCUGGACGAGUAUGAUGAUAAUUCAAUUAAAAACCACCGAAGUAGAAGAACAAGGCAUGAUCGUAAAGCAUCAAGGAAGAAAUCCUCGUCUACAAAACUUUUAAGACCACAGAGAGCUGCUGCACUCAAUGCUCUAAAUUUCCUUUCACAAAUCACUGGAACGUCCACAGCGAGGGAGGUUGGGGAGGGCUCAAUAGGUGAUUUAUCUGACAGUGAAUCCAUGCUGCCAAAUUCAAGCAAUGCGAGUGAAGCAUCUGAUGAUUCUCAGAAAAGUGAAAGAAAUCCACAAACUAAAGGAAAAGAAGUGGUAUCUGCGGAUGAGUCUGAAAAUUUGGAAAGGGCCCGUACAUGUCAUGAAUCUGCCGGAAGCAGGAAAAAACUUGUACUCAAGUUGCCAAAUCGUAAUACAAAUAAAACUUGCUCAGAAAACAUAGGUCUAAAAUGUGUGGAGCGACCUGAUAUAGCAGGCUCAUCAACUCCAGCUCCUUGUGAAGAAGAUAGUUUGGGCAGAAGCCGCUCUUUGAAGCUGCAGUGCCCUUCUAAUAACAUAGAUUUUAUUAAUGUUGAAGCAAAUGAAAAUGAUCAGCAUUCAAAGCAUAAAAACCCUUUUAAUCUCUUUGAAGGAUGCAAUGGGAAUGUUCGAUGGGGAGUGGUCAAGAGUCGUACAUCCAAACGUGCGAAGAUGGGGGAUCUGUUGCCACCAGGCACAUCUGAAGGAAUCGCUUCCUGCCGCGACGGUCACAACAAAACUGAGAAUAUCAUUGAAGGGAAUUUCAUACCAGAUAAUUUGGGAGCCACGACAGCCAAGUCAGACACCCAUAUCAAGGGUAGGAAUAUGGUUAUGUCAGAGUUGCAUCACACAGAGUCCAAUAUUACCAACGGAUUGGACAAUGUUAUAAGUAACAAGGAUCAACUUGAUGUGGAUUGUUGCAACAAUCAUGACGAAUCACAGAAAUUUCAGGAGGUUGAUGAUCAAGCUACAUCAUCUGUUGCUUGUGAUAUUUGGACUGGUAAGGCACCUGAGCAGAAAGAAGACCUCACACCAACUCCAAGAAAGCUAUCAAUAGUAUCCAGAACCCUACCACAUGAAGAUCAAAGUUCGUCUAAGAUGAAAAUGAAAUAUCUGGUGAAAGAUCCUUGCGACAAUGCAGAUAAUUUGUUAGAAAGCUCAUCAGACCCUGAACAGAAGGCAAAAGAUAAUGCUACUGAUAGAUGCCAAAGGCUAAGUUCAGAGUGGGGAUGCCUUAAUGGUGUAUCAGAAGAUUCUCUAAUUGGUGCUAGUUCAGGGUCUGUGUUGCCGGAUUCCCCAAAAUUGUCACAAGACAAGAGGUAUGCUGCUGUUUAUAGAAGGUCAAAGUCAUCGAGAUCUAGAAGCAAUCUCGAAGGAGCAAUGGAAGCAAGUACUUCUAAUGUAGGCAAGCCUGGUCAGGAUGAAGCUGUAGCUGCAUCAGAAGGAACGCGUAGAACACGAUCCAUGGGACCUACUUCGACUGCAAGUGAUCUAAAUAAUGUUAGCGGAAAUGGCCAUUAUAGGGAAGCUCGUAAUGUGUCUUCUGACACAUUAAUUACAAAUGGUUGUGACCAGCUCUCUGUUCAAGAUUGGAAGUUGACUUCAAAUGUCACAGUUGGAUUGAGGUCAACCAGAAACAAGAGAACCACUUACUAUCAUCGUGAGACGAGUUCUCCAGAUAGAAAGAAACAACAGCAAUUAGCAAAAGGUUCAUGGCUGAUGUUGACGAAUCAUGAAGAGGGAUCACGAUAUAUUCCUCAAAUGGGUGAUGAAGUUGUCUAUCUUAGACAGGGUCAUGAGGAGUAUAUAAGUCAAAGUCGUUCCAGAGAGAAGGCCCCUUGGAAGGUUCUCAAAGGCGAAAUCAGAGCUGUGGAAUUUUGCAAGGUUGAAGAUCUUGAGUAUUCUGUCCUUACUGGUUCUGGAGAAAGCUGCUGUAAAAUGACUCUUCAGUUUGUAGACCCCACCUCCAUUGUACUUGGUAAAUCUUUCAAACUUACUCUUCCAGAGGUGACUGGUUUUCCAGACUUUCUUGUUGAAAGAUCAAGAUAUGAUGCUGCUAUAGAGCGAAAGUGGGCAUGUCGUGAUAAGUGCCAGGUCUGGUGGAAGAAUGAAGGCGAGGAAGACGGGAGUUGGUGGGAAGGCAGGAUUCAGGCCAUAAAACCUAAAUCUUCUGAAUAUCCAGAUAGUCCAUGGGAAAGGUAUGUGGUGCAGUAUAAGAGUGAACCCACUGAAACACUUGGGCAUAGUCCUUGGGAACUUUAUGAUGCCAAUACCCAAUGGGAACAGCCUUGUAUAGACGAUUUGAUCAGACAUAAAAUGCUACGUGCUUUUGCCAAGCUGGAACGAUUAGGAAACCAGGGCCAGGAUUCUUUUGGUGUUCAUAAACUGAGGGAAGUUUCUCAGAAGUUGACAUUUGUUAACAGGUUUCCUGUGCCGCUUUCUCUUGAAGUGAUCCAAUCAAGAUUAGAGAACAACUACUAUAGAAGCGAGGAGGCUGUAAGGCAUGACAUUGGAGUAAUGCUGUCAAAUGCUGAAUCGUACUUUGGAAAGAAUGCUGAUCUUUUGGCCAAAAUGAAACGUUUAUCAGAAUGGUUCACCAAGGCACUGUCAUCUUUGUAGUAGAGUGUAUAAUUUUGUACAAAUUUGAAGCGGUAGAUCUGGGCUAGUUCUUUUACCCUGUAAAAGUUUGAAGUUCUUUUUUACUACCUUUGCGUCUUUAUUUUAAAUAUAGGAACUUUGAUUUAGUCAGCAAGACUAGUUGAAAAUUUUGAGCCCUUUUUAGAACACACAGGAUUGUUAUAUGAAAGGUAGUUGGUAGGCAGGUUUGUCAUUUGACUUUAAGCCAAUAGAGUAUGACCAUGGGAAUUUGAAAGCAGUAGUACUGUAUAGACGCUAAUUACAGUUAUUGUAGUCUGGAUCUUGUCUUAGAAUUUUGGACUGAGCCCGUCUUUUCUUUCCAUACUUUUAUAAAGAGAAUUAGGCUCCUUCCAAUUUCUAGGCACCUUGAACAUCAUCUUUACAAAUAUAACCAUCUUUUUUUUCA